AUGAACCACUUUGUUUCCAUCUCAAGCAGCGAGGUGACCUUCAACUACAACCAGCUCCUUGAUUCCAUCCAGCGAGUAGUUCACCAGGAGGGCUACGAUGGAUCCAAUCCCCAGAGUCUGCAGAGACCUGUGGGCAGAGCAUGCCUUGCCGUUGGUGGCAGUGCCCCUCUGGAGAAGCAAAUUGGUCUCCUUACUCGUUGCCGUAACUAUGGAAACAGGCAUGUCAUAACAGUUCCCACAAUCGUAUUGUUUCUCUGUUUUUCUUUCCUCUACGAACAGAAGCGGCCAAAGACCAUUCUGAGGGGGGGAAUUGAGUGUCUUGGCUCCGUGCUGUGGGGCGAUGACAUCUGCAGCGAGGAACGACCUGAAAAUCAGCACAGCCUCGCAAGGUUCCUGUACACCCUCCGAGGUCUUCUCCGAACAUCACUGUCAGUCUGUGUCAUCACGGUGCCAACACAUCUUAUUCAGACUAAAGCAAUUACGACGCGCCUGAGAAACUUGUCCGAUACGGUGGUCGGCCUUGAAUCAUUUAUCGGCUCAGAGAUGGAAGCCAGUCCGUUAUACAGAGACUAUCAUGGUUUACUCCACGUCCAUCAGAUUCCCCGACUGAACAGUUUGAUCUCUGACGUGUCAAACACCAAGGACCUGGCUUUUAAGUUAAAGAGAAAGAUUUUUGCUAUUGAGAGACUGCAUUUGCCUCCAGACUUGUCAGACACAGUGAGUCGUUCAAGCAAACCGAAUCUGGCAGGAACGGCCAAACUGCUGAGCUCUGGACGUUGCCUUACAGCCGGCGGCGAGAAGCACCUGGACUUCUAGUGAUUUCUGAUUAACAGUCGUGCUCCUUGGGAGGAUUCCUGGGACCUUCAUCAGGGCACAAGGAUUCUGUGUACAUAUUGUUAUUAAACAUUCCAUCCAUCAAAACCGCAUCCUCUGCAUUCAAACAUAUAGGGACAUAUUUAUAAAGCAUUAAUUCGACUCUACGUACAAUUUAUUGCCAUUUCUAUUCAUUUUAAGCUUGACGUUGAUUAUUAUAGAUGGAAAUACAUUUUAAAAAAUAUAUAAUUAACUAAGAAAAAUGGUCUAUGAAAAAAAAAACUGUAA